UUUCCUUCACAGGUAAAUGUUGAAGACACCGUUGAAAUGUUACCAAAAUCGAGAAGAGCACUUACCAUUCAAGAGAUUGCGGCGUUAGCCAGAUCUUCAUUACAUGGUAAAUACGAGCAUUGCGCCCGAACGCAAACACACGCACGUAGACACACACACACACACAGACACACACACACACACAAAACAAAAACAAAGCCUGCCUGCUAUAGUCUUUAUACUUUACAUGUAUGUGACCCUUGCCCUCUAAUCUUUGACCUCUAGGCAUCUCCCAGGCGAUGAAGGACCAUGUGACGCGGCCUACAGGCAUGGCCCAGGGCAGGGUGGCCCACCUGAUAGAGUGGAAGGGCUGGUGUAAGCCCACUGACACCCCCACAGCUCUGGAGUCUGACUUCAACAACUACUCUGAUCUCACUGAGGGAGAACAGGAGGCACGCUUCGCUGCAGGUCAGUAGGCCUACCUUGUUUAUCAUUAGGAUCAUUUAGUUUUACUUUAACAGGUAAGUUGACUGAGAAUGUUUUUUGCACCAAUGACUUAGGUAUUAAAAUGUUGUGAAAUGUUCCUCUUUCUCUCAGUUUUUUUUGUCCCCUUCUUUCUAUGCCACUCAUUUUUCCUCUGUCCCUGUCUGCCUCCCUCUUUUUCUCUUUCACUCUGUCUCCCUAUCCCUCUCUCUUUUACCUUGUCUCCGUCUAUCUCUCUACCCAUUCUAGGUCCCUCGUUCCUUCGCUCUUCGCUCUUCGUCUUUCACCCUCUCUCUCCUCAUUCCUCUCUGUCUUUCACCCUCUCCUCAUUCCUCUCUUUCUUUCACCCUCUCCUCUCCUCAUUCCUCUUCGUCUUUCACCCUCUCUCUCCUCAUUCCUCUCUGUCUUUCACCCUCUCUCUCCUCAUUCCUCUCUGUCUUUCACCCUCUCUCUCCUCAUUCCUCUCUGUCUUUCACCCUCUCUCUCCUCAUUCCUCUCUGUCUUUCAUUCACACUCUGCUCUCUCAUUCCUCUCUGUCUUUCACCCUCUCUCUCCUCAUUCCUCUCUGUCUUUCACCCUCUCUCUCGCCAUUCUCCCUCCCUCGCUGCAGUGCAGCCUCUCAAGGUUAAUUUGCACAGUAAGGUUCUGCUCCUGGCUAGUGCCGGCGUGACUGAGCGCUUUUCUCUGUGUCCCUCCUCUCCUCUCCUCUCCUCUCCUCUCCUCUCCUCUCCACCCAAUAUGCCCCCUUUACACACAUACAGGCAUGCAAACACUUCUAUCCCCUUCCCCUAUGUAUGCACUGUAUAUGAUGUGUGUGUGUGUGUGUGUGUGUCUGUCUGUUUGCUGGCUCUCAUGAUAGAUUAAGCCAGCUGAAUGGGAGGUACAGUGGUGGUUGUGUCCAUGUGGGGUUGUCCUAUUGAUGGACCAGCCCGUGCCAGCACACACACAUCUCCGUCUCGGCCUCUCUCUCUAACCCACACACACACACACACACACACACACACACACACACACACACACACACACAUUCUUGGACAGUGGUUCUCCCCCUGCAGGAGUCUGGCUGUCAGCCCUGACCAACACUUAAAGGAGCUUAUUUCACACUUUAGACUGUGUGAGUGUGAUAGAGAGAGUGUGUAUAGACGAGUGUAAUUUUCAGUGUGUGUUUGUAUGUGUGAGAGUGUGUAAAAUGUUACUGUGUGUGUGUGUGUGUGUGUGGGGGGGGGGGGGGGUCCAGAGAAACUGCAGUGUUUGCCCUCUGCCAUCAUCUGUGAAAUAUGCUGAUUUUCACAUUGAGUUCAGUUGGAGCCAGGUCCAUGGGUUUACUCUGUAGAGGCCAUCAAAGUGUUCUGGGAGUGUGCUGGUCUAAACAUGUCUGCAUGCGAGAAGAGCCAAUCUCUGCAGGAACAUAGCGCACACACACACGUGUAUGCAGAAUGGAUGUAAACCUUGAGUGUAUAAGAUGGAGAAAGACAAUGAGGAACAGAAAUGUAAAGAAAGAGACUAGUGCUAUGUGUCGGAGGACGGGCCUUCCUGUGUGUGAAGGCUGAGUUUAGGGCUGAGCCACAGUAGAAUAUGAAUGGUAGAAUUGAUCUCUGUGUGAAUAAACACAUUAAUACAGAACACAUGACUGCAGAGAACAGGGGAGAGGGAAAUAGAGAGAGAAAAUUUACAUUGAAAUGAGAUGAGAGGGGUGAGGAGAGAAAGAGAGAGAAAGAGAGAGAGCGAUGAAAACGAAAUAAGUUGAAAAAGAAGGAGAUUGAAAUGCAAAGGAAAAUGAGAUGAAUGAGGAAAGGAGAGGAACACAAGGUGCGUUGCUAAGGGAGAGAGAUGACCAAUACAUGAGAAGAGAGGAAUGAGAAAAGAGAGGGAUUGGAUAGAAUACAAAAGAGAGGAGAGGAAUGAGGAAAGGAAGGCCAUUGGUGCAGCUGAGAGAAACAGGUCAUUUGUGAUUGGCUAGCUGGUGACAGUGAUUGGUGGUGAUUGGUCAGCUCCUCUCUCUGGCUCUGUCACAUGCCGAGUCACCUCAGCCACAGAGAAAACCCACGGUCACCGUGUCCCCUGUGUGUGUGUAGUAAAAUAAUCAUUUGGUGGGUGCUUAUAUUUGUCCUAUUUCAUGUACAAGUGUGUAUUAAUACACGUGGGAAUUGGAAAUGUGUUUUUUGCAUAUCCCAACUCUCCCUGAGACUCCCUCAGAGAGUGGUCAUUAUCAACAAUUAGGGUUAAGUGCCUUGCUCAAGGGCACAUCAUCAGAUUUUUGAUCUUGUCAGCACGAGGAUUUGAACUAGCGACGGUUCAGUUACUGGCCCAACGCUCUAACCGUUAAUUUGUGGAAUUUCUUUCCUUCUUAAUGCGUUUGAGCCAAUCAGUUGUGUUGUGAAAAGGUAGGGGUGGUAUACAGAAGACAGCCCUAUUUGGUAAAAGACCAAGUCCAUAUUAUGGCAAGAACAGCUCAAAUAAGCAAAGAGAAACGACAGUCCAUCAUUACUUUAAGACAUGAAGGUCAGUAAAUACGGAACAUUUCAAGAACUUUGAAAGUUUCUUCAAGUGCAGUCACAAAAACCAUCAAGCGCUAUGAUGAAACUGGCUCUCAUGAGGACCGGCACAGGAAAGGAAGACCCAGAGUUACCUCUGCUGCAGAGGAUAAGUUCAUUAGAGUUAACUGCACCUCAGAUUGCAGCACAAAUAAAUGCUUCAUAGAGUUCAAGUAACAGACACAUCUCAACAUCAGCUGUUCAGAGGAGACUUCGUGAAUCAGGCCUUUAUGGUCGAAUUGCUGCAAAGAAACCACUACUAAAGGACACCAAUCAGAAGAAGAGACUUGCUUGGGCCAAGAAACCCGAGCAAUGGACAUUAGACGGGUGGAAAUCUGUCCUUUGAGUUUUUUGGUUCCAACCGCUGGGUCUUUGUGAGACGCAGAGUAGGUGAACGAAUGAUCUCCGCAUGUGUGGUUCCCACCGUGAAGCAUGGAGGAGAAGGUGUGAUUGUGUAAGGGUGCUUUGCUGGUGACACUGUCUGUGAUUUAUUUAGAAUUCAAGGCACACUUAACCAGCAUGGCUACCACAGCAUUCUGCAGCGAUACGCCAUCCCAUCUGGGUUGCGCUUAGUGGGACUAUCAUUUGUCUUUCAACAGGACAAUGACCCAAAACACACCUCCAGGCUGUGUAAGGGAUAUUUGACUAAGGAGAGUGAUGUAGUGCUGCACCUGGCCUCCACAAUCCCCCGACCUCAACCCAAUUGAGAUGGUUUGGGAUGAGUUGGACCGCAAAGUGAAGGAAAAGCAGCCAACACAUGAUCAGCAUAUGUGGGAACUCCUUCAAGACUGUUGGAAAAGCAUUCCUCAUGAAGCUGGUUAAGAGAAUGCCAAGAGUGUGCAAAGCCAUCAUCAAGGCAAAGGGUGGCUACUUUGAAGAAAUGCAGUUAACUCUAACUCUAUUGAACUUAUCCUCUGCAGCAGAGGUAACUCUGGGUCUUUCUUUCCUGUGGCGGUCCUCAUAAGAGCCAGUUUCAUCAUAGCGCUUGAUGGUUUUUGCGACUGCACUUGAAGAAACUUUCAAAGUUCUUGAAAUGUUCCGUAUUGACUGACCUUCACGUCUUAAAGUAAUGAUGGACUGUCAUUUCUCUUUGCUUAUUUGAGCUGUUCUUGCCAUAAUAUGGACUUGGUCUUUUACCAAAUAGGGCUAUCUUCUGUAUACCAACACAACUGAUUUGCUCAAACGCAUUAAGAAGGAAAGAAAUUCCACACAUGUUAAUUGAAAUGCAUUCCAGGGGACUACCUCAUGAAGCUGGUUGCGAGAAUUCCAAGAGUGUGCAAAGCUGUUAUUUUUAUUAUUUUAUUAUUUUUGUCAUUUAGCAGACGCUCUUAUCCAGAGCGACUUACAGGAGCAAUUAGGGUUUAGUGCCUUGCUCAAGGGCACAUCGACAGAUUUUUCACCUAGUUGGCUCGGGGAUUAGAACCAGCGACCUUUCGGUUACUGGCACAACGCUCUUAACCACUAAGCUACCUGCCGCCACUAUCAAGGCAAAGGGUGGCUACUUUGAAGAAUCUCAAAUAUAAAAUAUAUUUUGAUUCGUUUAACACUUUUUGGGUUAUUACAUGAUUCCAUGAGUGUUAUUUCAUAGUUUUGUUGUCUUCACUAUUAUUCUACAAUGUAGAAAAUAGUAAAAAUAAAGAAAAGCCCUUGAAUGAGUAGGUGUGUCCAAACUUUUGAGAGAUACUGUAAGUAUUCAGACCCUUUACUCAGUACUUUGUUGAAGCACCUUUGGCAGCGAUUACAGCCUUGAAUCUUCUUGGGUAUGACGCUACAAGCUUGGCACACCUGUAUUUGGGACGUUUCUCACAUUCUUCUCUGCAGAUCCUCUCAAUCUCUGUCAGGUUGGAUGGGGAGCAUCGCUGCACAGCUAUUUUCAGGUCUCUCCAGAGAUGUUAGAUCGGGUACAAGUCCAGGCUCUGGCUGCCCCACUCAUGGACAUUCAGAGUCUUGUCCCGAAGCCACUCCUGCAUUGUCUUGGCUGUGUGCUUAGGGUCGUUGUCCUGUUGGAAGGUGAACCUUCGCCCCAGUCUGAGGUCCUGAGCGCUCUGGAGCAGGUUUUCAUCAAGGAUCUCUCUGUACUUUGCUCCGUUCAUCUUUCCCUCGAUCCUGACUAGUCUCCCAGUCCCUGCCGCUGAAAAACAUCCCCACAGCAUGAUGCUGCCACCACCAUGCUUCACCGUAGGGAUAGUGCCAGGUUUCCUCCAGACAUGACACUUGCCAUUCAGGCCAAAGAGUUCAAUCUUGGGCCUCCCGAGUGGCGCAGUGGUCUACAGCCUCUAGUUCGAUCCCAGGCUGUGUCAUAGCCAGCCGUGACUGGGAGACCCAUGAGGCGGCGCACAAUUGGCCCAGUAUCGUCCGAGUUAGGAGAGGGUUUGGCCGGACGGGAUUUCCUUGUCCCAUCGCGCUUUAGCGACUCCUUGUGGCGGGCCGGGCGCUUGCAAGCUGUAUGGUCUUUCCUCCGACACAUUGAUGUGGCUGGCUUCCGGGUUAAGCGAGCAGUGUGUCAAGAAACAGUGCAGCUUGGCAGGGUUGUGUUUCGGAGGACGCAUGGCUCUCGACCUUCGCCUCUCCCGAGUCCGUACGGUAGUUGCAGCGAUGGGACAAGACUGUAACUACCAAUUGGAUAUCACGAAAAAGGGGUAAAAAGUACAAAAAUUAAAAUACAAAAGUUUCAUCAGACCAGAGAAUCUUGUUUCUCAUGGUCAGAGUCCUUUAAGUGCCUUUUGGCCAACUGCAAGCGGGCUGUCAUGUGCCUUUUACUAAGGAGGGGCUUCCGUCUGGCCACUCUACCAUAAAGGCCUGAUUGGUGGAGUGCUGCAGAGAUGACUGUCCUUCUGGAAGGUUCUCCCAUCUCCACAGAGGAACUCUGGAUCUCUGUCAGAGUGACCAUCGGGUUCUUGGUCACUUCCCUGACCAAGGCCCUUCCCCCCCGAUUGCUCCGGCCACUGUGUUCUUGGGGACCUUCAAUCCUGCAGAAAUGUUUUGUUACCCUUCCCCAGAUCUGUGCCUUGACACAAUCCUGUCUCUGAGCUCUAUGGACAAUUCCUUCGACCUCAUGGUUGGGUUUCUUCUCUGACAUGCACUGUCAACUGUGGGACCUUACAGUGAGGGAAAAAAGUAUUUGAUCCCCUGCUGAUUUUGUACGUUUGCCCACUGACAAAGACAUGAUCAGUCUAUAAUUUUAAUGGUAGGUUUAUUUGAACAGUGAGAGACAGAAUAACAACAAAAAAAUCCAGAAAAAUGCAUGUCAAAAAUGUUAUUAAAAUGCAAAUCAAUUUAUGAGAGAAAUAAGUAUUGGGCCCCUCUGCAAAACAUGACUUAGUACUUGGUGGCAAAACCCUUGUUGGCAAUCAGAGGUCAGACAUUUCUUGUAGUUGGCCACCAGGUUUGCACACAUCUCAGGAGGGAUUUUGUCCCACUCCUCUUUGCAGAUCUUCUCCAAGUCAUUAAGGUUUCGAGGCUGACGUUUGGCAACUCAAACCUUCAUCUCCCUCCACAGAUUUUCUAUGGGAUUAAGGUCUGGAGACUGGCUAGGCCACUCCAGGACCUUAAUGUGCUUCUUCUUGAGCCACUCCUUUGUUGCCUUGGCUGUGUGUUUUGGGUCAUUGUCAUGCUGGAAUACCCAUCCACGACCCAUUUUCAAUGCCCUGGCUGAGGGAAGGAGGUUCUCAUCCAAGAUUUAACGGUACAUGGCCCCGUCCAUCAUCCCUUUGAUGCGGUGAAGUUGUCCUGUCCCCUUAGCAGAAAAACACCCCCAAAGCAUAAUGUUUCCACCUCCAUGUUUGACGGUGGGGAUGGUGUUCUUGGGGUUAUAGGCAGCAUUCCUCCUCCUUCAAACAUGGCGAGUUGAGUUGAUGGCAAAGACCUCGAUUUUGGUCUCAUCUGACCACAACACUUUCACCCAGUUCUCCUCUGAAUCAUUCAGAUGUUCAUUGGCAAACUUCAGACGGGCCUGUAUAUGUGCUUUCUUGAGCAGGGGGACCUUGCGGGCGCUGCAGGAUUUCAGUCCUUCACGGCGUAGUGUGUUACCAAUUGUUUUCUUGGUGACUAUGGUCCCAGCUGCCUUGAGAUCAUUGACAAGAUCCUCCUGUGUAGUUCUGGGCUGAUUCCUCACUGUUCUCAUGAUCAUUGCAACUCCACGAGGUGAGAUCUUGCAUGGAGCCCCAGGCCGAGGGAGAUUGACAGUUAUUUUGUGUUUCUUCCAUUUGCGAAUAAUCGCACCAACUGUUGUCACCUUCUCACCAAGCUGCUUGGCGAUGGUCUUGUAGCCCAUUCCAGCCUUGUGUAGGUCUACACUCUUGUCCCUGACAUCCUUGGAGAGCUCUUUGGUCUUGGCCAUGGUGGAGAGUUUCGAAUUUGAUUGAUUAAUUGCUUCUGUGGACAGGUGUCUUUUAUACAGGUAACAAACUGAGAUUAGGAGCACUCCCUUUAAGAGUGUGCUCCUAAUCUCAGCUCGUUACCUGUAUAAAACACACCUGUGAGCCAGAAAUCUUUCUGAUUGAUAGGAGGUCAAAUACUUAUUUCCGUCGUUAAAAUGCAAAUAAAUUUAUAACAUUUUUGACAUGCGUCUUUCUGGAUUUUGUUGUUGUUAUUCUGUCUCUCACUGUUCAAAUAAACCUACCAUUAAAAUUAUAGACUGAUCAUGUCUUUGUCAGUGGGCAAACGUACAAAAUCAGCAGGGGAUCAAAUACUUUCUUCCCUCACUGUAUAUAGACAGGUGUGUGCCUUUCCAAAUCAUGUCCGAUCAAUUUAUUUUACCACAGGUGGACUCCAAUAAAGUUGUAUAAACAUCUCAAGGAUGAUCAAUGGAAACAGGAUGCACCUGAGCUCAAUUGAGUCUCAUAGCAUAGGGUCUGAAUACUUAUGUAAAUAAGGUAUUUCCGUUUUUAAUUUUUAAUACAUUUGCAAAAAUGUCUAAAAACCUGUUUUCUCUUUGUCAUUAUGGGGUACUGUGUGUAGAUUUAUGAGGGAAACAAAAUGUGGAAAAAGUCAAAGGGUCUGAAUAAUUUCCGAAUGCACUCUACCUGUGUGUUGUAUUUGUGAAUUAUUUGCAGUGUUUGCAUACAUACCCAGGUGACAUGUUUAUAUGUUUGUAUGAUCUACGACCUCUCCGGUUUAGAACCUUGCUGUCUAUCCCUGUACUCUGUCUUCCACAGAAAGGACCUGUCAAUCAAAAAAGCAUGAAUUUCUGUGAAUAUGAUGUCUAACCUGAUUAUCUCUGUCUAUCAACAAUGACAAGCCACUGGAAUCUGACAACUUGGAUGGAAAAUUACUGAGGAUAAUAGCAGAUUAUAUUUCCACUCCUAUUUGCCAUAUAUUCAAUUUAAGCCUACUAGAAAGUGUGCCCUCAGGCCUGGAGGGAAGCAAAAGUCAUUCCGCUACCUAAGAAUAGUAAAGCCCCCUUUACUGGCUCAAAUAGCCGACCAGUCAGCCUGUUACCAACCCUUAGUAAAGUUUUGGAAAAAAUUGUGCUCAGACACCCAUGCAUACCCCACAAGACAUGCCACCAGAGGUCUCUUCACAUUCCAUAAGUCCAGAACAGAUUAUGGGAGGCGCACAGUACUACAUAGAGCAAUGACUACAUGGAAAUCUAUUCCACAUCAGGUAACUGAUGCAAGCAGUAGAAUCAGAUAGAAAAAAACUGAUAAAAAUACACCAUAUCGAACAACGAGGACUGUGAAGCAACACAAACAUAGGCACAGACACACGCAUACACACACAGGAUAACAUACUCACUAUACACACACGCACACAUGGAUUUUGUAUUGUAGAUAUGUGGUAGUAGAGUAGGGGCCUGAGGGCACACCCUUAAUAUGUUGUGAAAUCUGUUGUGAAUGUAUUGUAAUGUUUUUAAAAUUGUAUAACUGCCUUAAUUUUGCCGGACCCCAGGAAGAGUAGCUGCUGCCUUGGCAGCAGCUAAUGGGGAUCCAUAAUAAAUACAAAUACAGUGGGGGGGAAAAAGUAUUUAGUCAGCCACCAAUUGUGCAAGUUCUCCCACUUAAAAAGAUGAGAGAGGCCUGUAAUUUUCAUCAUAGGUACAUGUCAACUAUGACAGACAAAUUGAGAAAAAAUAAUCGUGUUUGGAGGACAAAGAAUGCUGAGUUGCAUCCAAAGAACAACAUACCUACUGUGAAGCAUGGGGGUGGAAACAUCAUGCUUUGGGGCUGUUUUUCUGCAAAGGGACCAGGACAACUGAUCCGUGUAAAGGAAAGAAUGAAUGGGGCCAUGUAUCGUGAGAUUUUGAGUGAAAACCUCCUUCCAUCAGCAAGGGCAUUGAAGAUGAAACGUGGCUGGGUCUUUCAGCAUGACAAUGAUCCCAAACACACCGCCCGGGCAACGAAGGAGUGGCUUCGUAAGAAGCAUUUCAAGGUCCUGGAGUGGCCUAGCCAGUCUCCAGAUCUCAACCCCAUAGAAAAUCUUUGGAGGGAGUUGAAAGUCCGUGUUGCCCAGCGACAGCCCCAAAACAUCACUGCUCUAGAGGAGAUCUGCAUGGAGGAAUGGGCCAAAAUACCAGCAACAGUGUGUGAAAACCUUAUGAAGACUUACAGAAAACGUUUGACCUGUGUCAUUGCCAACAAAGGGUAUAUAAUAAAGUAUUGAGAAACUUUUGUUAUUGACCAAAUACUUAUUUUCCACCAUAAUUUGCAAAUAAAUUCAUUAAAAAUCCUACAAUGUGAUUUUCUGGAUUUUGUUUUCUCAUUUUGUCUGUCAUAGUUGACGUGUACCUAUGAUGAAAAUUACAGGCCUCUCUCAUCUUUUUAAGUGGGAGAACUUGCACAAUUGGUGGCUGACUAAAUACUUUUUUCCCCCACUGUACAAACCUGUAUGUGUGGGUGUGUGUAUUGAAUGUUUGUGAAUAUGAUGUCUAACCUAUGUGUGUGUGUGUGCAGGUGUGGCGGAGCAGUUUGCCAUAGCGGAGGCAAAGCUGAGAGCCUGGUCAUCCGUGGACGGAGAUGAUUCUAAUGACGACUCAUAUGAUGAGGACUUCAUUCCCGCCAACGAGCCCACAACACAAAGCACAGGUACUGUACACAGACACACACACAUACACUCACAUAAUCAGACCACCUCCAAAACAUCUAACGAUACCAACUUCAUUUUUUAACUUCAAAAUUUGAGCCAAAACUACCCUAUUACAACUGGAGUAUCACUGAAGAGUGCAUGGUCCUCCUUUCUAAUACCUUCAUUUAUUCCUCCCCUGCUUUAUACCCUCCAGGCCCUGCACGUCCUUUCUCCCCAUCCCCCCACCUCUCUCUGUCUCCUCUCUCUGUGUGGUGACGAGGCUGUCUGGAACUCUUAUUGUCCCAGUGCCCUACUUUCAUUUAAAAAAAUGUUGUUCCCCGGCGCAAUUCGAUAUCCCUCCUGCAAGUUUAAUUUGAUUCCUUUGCUGCAGACGGGGGUGGGGGUUGCUAUAUGAGUUUGUUGGCUGUGUGAGUGGACUAUACAUUUACUGUGUGUGUGUGUGUGUGUGUGUGUGUGUGUGUGUGUAUGUUUGUGUGUGCAUCUAUUGUGGGGAUGCCAAUGCUUUUAGGCUGAUUGAUUACUCCACUGCACCAAAUAUGACAGCUUUGUUUUGCUUGAUAAUGUCAUUUAUUUUAAUUUAGUAUGACGUAUUUUAUUCCGUAACACUAUAUGGUUGAGAAGCUGCCCCAAAGGCGCAGAUCUAGGAUCAGCUUGAAUCCUAUAACCUCCACCCUUUCCAGAUUUAGCCUGAUAAGUCAGUUUCAUUAUUUAACGUGUCUGCUGUCAUUCCAUAACAAUACAUUGUCUCUCAUCAGUAGGGCUCAUAGUUUUUCCUGACUACGUGACCUCGUCAGGCAUGGUCAGACAUUAGGCAGGAUCAUUCAGUACACUCACUGUCUCUCUUCUCCCCCCUCUUUGGCUCCAGAGGUGCCCCCCUACCUGAGGGACCUUCUUCACAGUCAGGUGUGUCAGCACCUGGGUCUGCGGGGGCCGUGCUGCGAGGGGGCAGGAGGAGGAGACGGGCCCUCCCCCACCUCCACAGACACCCUCUGCUCCAGCCUCUGCAGCUUGGAUGAGCAACAUCCCUUACUGCGAGAUCUCACCCAUCACUGCGGCAACAACCACGGUAAUGCCGCCGAGCUGGCCGCCAAGAUCCUCUCGGCCCUGCAAGGGGGGGAGGAGAUGCUGUUGGCCCGCCUCCAGAGGGUGGGGCAGGGUGUUAGAGGGAGAGGGGACUUCAACAGCCUGGGGGAUGGAAGGGGCCGGCCGGGGGGGGAGGAAUCGCCCUGCUACUCUGUGACCUACUCCGAGACCUACCUGUCGCCCGGGGAGGACGACGAUACGCCCUGCAAAGACUAUGAGGGCACCGUGUGCCAGAGAGAAGGAGAUGGCGAG